AAGAUCCAAGAAGCAACUAAUGGAAAGGAUGUGGAUCCAGCUCCAAUUGAUAAGGGGAAGAACAUUGUGUCCACAGUCACUAUAGACCCCCCUAUGGAGACAGUCAAUACACCAAAAGAGCAGCAUCCUACAAUUGCAACUGAAAACGUGCAAGAGAAGCUGCAAUGA